UCGCGAAGCAGUCGUUGCCUUUCAACUUGUGGUGUGCACAGACUUAUGAGCACAAAAUAAAGUCACACCCUUGUUGAACCCAAAUUUGUUGUAAAUCACGAAAACAUAUAAAGUUCAGGAAAAAGUAAUAAAAGGGCAGAAGAGAAAUUUCAGUGAAGACAUACACACUCAAAUAUAUACAAAGCAUUGUAAUGAUGCUUAAAUGGUUUAGAAGGCGCUUUUGGAAAUCUCAGUUCGCGUAAAAAUUGUGAAAAGAGCAGACAAACGCGGAUUAGCGCGCUUAAUGCGGGAUGCGCUAAGCGAAACUUUCAAAAAUAAAAAAAGUAUAAUAACUAUGUAAUCUAAUUCCACAAUCACAACAAACACAAAACGUAAAUUUCUUUAAAAACGGGAACCACUCGUGGAAAACCUACACGCAAUCGUCUGGCGCACAAUUACGGAUUCAGUGACAUAAAUUCUUCGUAGUGCAAACGGAAAUUCUGGCCUACCAAAAUGACUGAUAUAGAUGAUAUUAUCGCGAAGUUGCAGCGCUUCACUUGGCCGGAUUAUGGCGUUUUCAUAGCUAUGUUUGUGAUCUGCAUAAUGAUUGGCAUCUACUUUGGAUUCAUGCAUCGCAGCCUCUCGGAGUCCGACUAUCUAAUGGGUGGACGCAAUAUGCUUAUACUGCCCAUUGCCCUUUCGCUGGUGGCGAGUUUUAUUUCUGGCAUCACUUUAUUGGGAUUGCCGACGGAAGUCUACUCCUAUGGGAUACAGUAUUUAUAUGUCUCACUGGGAGUAAUGGCUAUGGGAGUGGUUAUGGGAGUAUUUUAUCUACCCGUAUUUCACGAGUUGAACAUCACAUCAACGUAUGAGUAUCUAGAAAGCCGUUUCGAUCGACGUCUACGCAUGUAUGGGUCCGUGAUGUUCGCAGUUAUGAACGUCGCAUACCUACCUAUCGUAAUUUAUGUGCCCGCAUUGGCCUUCAAUCAAGUGACCGGAGUUUCCGUGCACACCAUCACACCGAUUGUCUGCAUAGUUUGCAUCUUCUACACCAGUUUGGGUGGCAUCAGAGCAGUCGUGUGGACGGAUGUGGUGCAGACAGUAUCAAUGGUGGGCGCUCUAAUACUGGUAGCCAUCAAGGGUACCCAUGACAUAGGCGGAGCGGGUGUGGUACUACAGAACGCUUGGGAUACAAAUCGCAUUGAAGGACCCGACUUGAGUAUAAAUCCAACAGUGCGGCAUACGCUGUGGUCCCAGUUGAUCGGCGGCGUAUUCUACUGGACGCAGACCAAUGCAGUUUCGCAGAAUAUGAUUCAGCGUUAUCUCGCAUUGCCCACUUUGCGCGCCGCGCGCAUUGCUUUAUUCAUCUUUUGCCUUGGUGUAUUGGUUAUGAUGGCGCUUUGUGGCUACAAUGGCUUGCUAAUUUAUGCCACAUACAAAAACUGCGAUCCGCUCAUUACAAAGCUGGCGAAGGCGCGCGAUCAACUGCUGCCACUCUUCGUAAUGGACACAUUAGGUGAUUAUCCUGGGCUUACUGGCCUCUUCAUCGCGGGAGUUUUUAGCGCCGCCUUGAGUUCGCUUUCCACUUGUUUGAAUUCGAUGUCGGCCGUGGUGCUGGAAGACUUUGUGAAACCUUUUGUGAAACGUCCGCUGACUGAGUCGGCCAUCAAUUGGAUCAUGAAAUCGGUUGUGGUGGGAAUGGGUGCCAUGUGCGUUUGUCUGGUCUAUGUAGUUGAGCACAUGGGAACUGUGUUGCAGUUGACCAUGAGUCUAGAGGCUAUUACCAAUGGACCACUAUUUGGCAUAUUCAGUAUUGGCAUUUUCAUGCCUUGGAUAAGUGGCAAUAGCGCUUUGACUGGUGGCAUUGUGGGCGUUAUUGCCAUGUCAUGGAUUAGCUUGAAGGCGCAAUGGGCUAUAGCCUCCGGCGCUAUUAAAUAUCAGACAAAGCAGAUCACUGUUGACCAGUGCGAAUAUCAAUUCGAUAGAACAGGCUUGCAAUUGAGUAGCGCCAAUUUGACGGAGCUGAAUGCGGCAGCAGAGGAAAUAUUUCCAUUGUAUCGCAUAUCUUAUAUGUGGUUUACUUGCCUGGGUGCUUUGAUCACAAUUUUCAUUGCUAUUCUGUAUUCGAGCAUUGCGGGUGGCCACGAUCCGAAGAAAGUGGACGCGACGCUUCUGACUCCCUGUAUAAGAAAAUAUGUACAAACCGAUGAGGAUUACAAGCAUGCAAGCAUCCAUCAACAUGUCAAGGAGAAAUAA